UCUAUUUGAAUAAAUUUUUUUAAGUAAAGAUGGAUUCUUUAAUAUUUGAAUCUCCAAAAUGUGACUCACACAAAAUUUAUGAACAAGAUACUGUGAGAAUGUUCGACCAAACAAACCAGGGAUGGUCUGACCAAUGUGAGACCACUUCGUGCCAAUUUGAAAACCAAAAUUGUGGCAAACAACAACGAUAUCGGCAUAGUAUUGAAAGAUGUCGAUUUAACGAGUACGGCUACGAAAGAGAAACACCUUUUCCAUGGAGCUAUGACGUGAGCGGCGUCGAAGCGACAAACGAGAACAGUUCCCCCCCAAACGCUCCUGGAAGUAACGAUUCACUGUCAUUCACAUCGCCCUAUGAGCAGUAUAUGGAGAUGAACUACGACUGCGACACCAGUACGAGUGAAUACGAAAACAAAGAGACAUCAGCUGAGCAAAUUCCUAUUUCGGCAAAUUUUGACCAUUUUGACCCCAAACUUGCAGCGCUACAAAAACUUGUGGAAAACCAAAGCAGCAAAAAGACUUGGAGUUGUGCCCAACAAGAAAAUUUACCACAUUCUACAAUAAGCGUGAAGAAAAUAGAAUCACCGAAAGUCAGCUUCAAAGAGGAGAGAGAAGAUAAACCAUCAACGAAAAACACAAGCAACGAAAUUAACUUAUCGCCUCCGAAACAGAAAGAAACAACCAAACUAACUCAACCCACACUAGACCAAACCAAGCAAUCAAACACCCCAAAACAAACGAACCAACUAAACGCCCAAAAAAUAAAGACACCACAGAAAAUCCCGGAUUCGAAAAAACAAGAAAUUAUGAAGAAAUCGGAAGUUACGAAAUCCAAGCGCCAUAGAACACGUUUUGCUCCGUCGCAAUUAAGUGAGCUUGAGAGAAGUUUUUCAUCCACGCAUUAUCCCGACAUCUUUAUGAGAGAAGAGAUUGCUCAUCGUAUUGGACUUACAGAGUCCCGGGUUCAGGUUUGGUUUCAAAACCGCAGAGCAAAAUGGAAGAAGCGAAAGGCAGCGACGUCUUGCGGUAACCCUUGGCCGUUUCAAACCGCACCUGCGGGAAAUAGCUUCCCGUUUUCCGGCCAGGUUUACCAAAACAGUCCAAGCUCGGCAAUGGCAGCGGCGUUUGCCAACGAGAGCUUUUAUGCGCUACAGAAUUCCGCAGAAGGUAACUGGGUUACAAAUGCCAUGACAGGUUUUGGGAAAGAUAUCAACUACGGUAGUAACUGCAUGGGACCAACUACUUUCCCUGGACAAGUAAUGGACAUGACGUCACGAGUAUCUGAUGACGUCAUUGCACCUAACCAUCCGCACGAAGAUAUGUAUCAAACAUUUCCGGAGUACCCCCCAACCAACGUCAACUAUCCCCACAAAUCCUUCUACCCUCCCGAUGACGUAAGCGGGGAGUUCACCGAAAAACGCGUCUCCAAUUCGCCGAGCCAAACCCACGUGACCCAACGGUCAUUUCCCAUGCAAAGCAAUCCAAUGCCGUUGUAUGGCGCACACUACUGAAAUCUUGACGUCAUUUUACGUUUUCUGUAAAUCAUACGUUUGUUACAUCGUCGUGACGUCAUAAUACAGCACCUUGCGCGGUAGUAAGCGCAAUAAACGAAAAGCCAUUGCA